AUGGACACCAGCCACAUGCAGCCUAUCAAGCUGGUCAGGGUCACCAAGGUUCUGGGCAGAACGGGCUCUAAAGGACAGUGGUCGCAGGUGUGCAUGGAAUUUAUGGAGGAUGCGAGCCGCUCCAUCAUCCACAAUGUAAAAGGCCCCGUGUGCGAGGGCGAUGUGCUCACCCUGUUGCAGUCAGAGCCAGAGGUCGGGAGGUUGCGCUGA